AUGGUUGCAAUCAUGUUGAUAGAUUAUAUGCUCAACGAAACUGAACAAAAUGAUAAAAAGUUAGUCUUUAUUGCUGAAAACCGUAUACUUGUAAAUCAGCAAGCAGAACACAUAAGAAGCACCCUAAAGUAUCUGGAGACAGAGAGAUUAGAACAACAGGAUUCCAAGUCAAUCGAUAAUAUUUCGAAAAAUAUUGAUGGAAUGGUGGCCUGUUAUGUGGGUGAUUCAGGAUUAUUGAACAAGCUACGUUCAAACAAGGAAUUGAAAAAAAAGAAAGUUAUUGUUACUACUGCUGCAUUCUUACAAAAUUUAUUAACUCAUAAUAUAAUUGAAAUGGAAUCCAUUUCUCUAUUGAUUAUUGAUGAAUGUCACCAUUGUGGAGAUGGUGAUCAUCCUUAUAAAGUAAUCAUGACUCAAUACUAUCACACCAUUAAGCAAGUAGAAAAAAGACCAAAAAUAUUUGGAAUGACAGCUUCUGCUAUUAGAUCUUUGAAUGAAACAAAGGCUAAUCUUCAGAAACAAAAACUUGAGGCAUACCUAGAUUGUAAAUUGACUACUAUAUCUUCUGAGGAUGAACUCUAUAGCGAACUAAGAGAACACACUAAUUUACCAAAUGAAAUUAUUCUCACAUAUGAAUCAACUAAUUCAGAAAGUACUAAAAUUGAUGAUUUGAAAGAUUUUUGUACUUUGAUUGUAGAAAACCUAACCAAAUUUUCAACCAUACAAACAAAGGAUAUUAUUGAAAUAUCGAGGAUACUUUUUAACGAUUUUAAUUACAUUCUAGACAAUCUAGGUUCCUCAUGCUUGAAAGACUAUCUAACUAUAAUAUUUGAUCAUAUAGAAGAAAGGAAACAAGAGAAUCAAAGUUUAUCUACAAGUGAAUUAGUUUCUUUUAGUAGCGAUUCAUCCUAUCAACAAUUAAAAAAGAAUCAAGAAUUUGAGAUAAUUGUUAGUGAGAGUGUACGAAACAAGCUUACUAACAAAAUAGAAAAAAUAUUUCCAAAACCAUCACCAAGUAGAAAAUUGAAAUUAUUGGAGGAGGUUCUGAAUGAACAUUUUCCAGAAAACAAUACAACUAACCAAAUGAGAUGUAUUGUUUUCUGUGAAAGAAGACAUACAGCAAUUUUAUUAUCCAGAUAUUUUGCCAAGAAAGGAUUGCCUUGCGAUUUUAUAAUAGGACAUAAUGCUCUCUCUGUAAGGACAAAACUUGGAUUUAAGAAAAACACAGGAUUUGAACAAAAGAGUAAAACAGAAAGAUUCAGAUCAGGAGAACUCAAGUGCCUUUUCUGCACCAAUGUAGUAGAGGAAGGGUUUGAUGUGCCUGCAUGCAAUCUGGUAAUUCGUUUUGACAAGUUUACAGAUUUUUUGAGAGCCUACAUUCAAAGUAGAGGUAGAGCAAGAAAACAGGAGAGUAAAUUUAUAAUGAUGGUCAAUUCAACGGAUUUAACUCAACAAGAGUUAUGCAAAAAUGGUAAAAGACUUCAAGAAAAAAUGUUGACCCAAAUAUCCGACGAUACUCCCAAUAAUUCAGAAAUUGAAGAUAUCCUAAUAUAUGAAACACCCUCCAAGGCAAAGCUUACUCUUAACAAUAGUAUAAGGCUGUAUAACCAAUACUGUGCUGUUUUUCCUAAUCAAUCAAUAGAUGAAAAAAAACCAAAGUUUUCAAUCUACGCCGAUGGUCCUUUUUUUGUUACAGAAAUAACCUUUCCAACUAACUGCCCUGUCCCUGUUUUUAGUAUUUCUAAUAAUCAUGAGGAUGAUCCUGCCCAGUACAGACUCAACAAACUCGUAUCUAAAAGAUAUUGCGCCUUCAAAGCUGUCCAAUUACUUCACAAGUACAAGGAGUUGGAUGAUAGUCUCUUUCCAAGAUACUCAAAAUACGUGUUUGCUUCUACAGAAGCUGAAUUUGCAUCACCAGCAUCAAUGGCCACUCUUUUGCCUCAGAUGCCUGAAAUAUUCAAUUGGCGAGAAAAGAAACUCAACUCAAUCCAAACUGAUAAUCCCUCCCAUUGUGUUUAUAUUUAUGAUAUAUUUCUGGACAACAAUGCUACAGAUUUUCAAUUUAUAAUUCCUAAUGAAAUUGAUUCUGAUCUUGAAGAAUUGGGACUUCUUAACUUUCGAAUGAAUGGUGGUAGACAUAUUACAAUUAAGAAAAUGGAAUCCACAACCGUUGAUAAUGAUUAUAUUUUGAAAUGUUUUGAAUACCAUGAAUUUAUGUUUAACAAGGUUGCGAAAAUUUCCUUUCCAGACCAAAAACAAAGAAACCUUCAAGAUUGGACAUUUUUUAUUAUUCCCAAACAAGCUCAACAACAUUUUAUAGAUGUUCCAGUCUUGGAUAUUAUUCAACACCAUGGUAAAGAGGCAGAAAAUAUACUGAAAAAUAUGAUUUUGGAAACUAUUUACAACCAUAGAGUAUAUCUACUUCAAAACAUUGAAUUCGACAAGAAUCCAAAAAGCCAUUUCGAUACAGAGGAUUUCCCAGAUUACAAAACUUAUUAUAAGGAAAAAUGGGGUUUGGAAAUUGAGAGGCCUCAACAACCAUUAUUAAGAGCCUAUCAACCAAGAUUUUCUACUUUGGGUUCAACACAAGUUGAACAUCAAAAUAUUUUUCUGGUUCCAGAAUUCUUAACUGCUUGCUCCUUCACUAUUGAAAUGCUUAGAUUUUUAAAGCUAGCUCCAGAAUUUUUGUAUAGAUAUUACAAUAGAUUGAUAACAUCAAUAUUUUCCAAACAGUUUGAGCUUUUCCAACCAAUAGUUGAUGCUACAUUACUUGAAGAUGGUAAAACCCUUGAAGCAUUCGAGUUGUUGGAGGAGGCACUUACAGCAAAGCGAUCUCAAGUAGGAGCAAACUAUGAAAAACUCGAAUUUUUUGGAGACAGCAUACUGAAAUAUAUUGUCAGCAAACACAUCUACCAUGAAUUUCCGUUAUAUAGCUCUGGUUCUCUUUCACAACUGCAACACAAGUUUGUCAGCAACUAUUUCCUAGCCUCUGUUGCACGAAAUACACGCCUUCCUCUAUUUAUCAUUACAGAGCCAUUAAAUACCAGUCAACUGGUUCAAAAUAUUGGUGGUUUCAAAUCAAACAAAUUUGCUGAUGAAACAAAUAUUGAAGCCGAAUAUAAGGUACUGGCUGAUGUUGUUGAGAGCAUUAUUGGGUUUUGCUAUCAUAUAUUCGGUGGAUCUCUAGAGCAAAUUAAUAGAUUUUUGGGUUUGGUUGGAGUAUCAUUACCAAAAGGAGAAAUAAGUGGCUCAGAGGAUAUUUUUAUGAAUCAAAAAUUACUGUUAAGAAACCAUUUUGAAAAAUUGAAAAUUGAUUUAUAUAAGCUUACAGAGAAACUCAAUUUUCAAUUUGAAAAUUCAGGAUUACUACUUGAAGCAUUUAUUCACCCAUCAUACAAUGGAGUAUUCAAUUAUGAAAGACUUGAAUUUUUAGGUGAUUCUGUUUUAGGUUUGAUAGUAACUAGCAAAAUAUUCGAAAAAUUUCACAAAAAUUCUAGCUUCUCCCUAGGAAUGAUGAGCAAGCUUCGAGAGAAGAUUGUAAUGAAUAAGAAUUUUGCCAAUCUAUGCAUAGAAAAUCAACUUCAAAAUUAUAUUAUUUUUAGUGGAAAUCAUAUUGCCCAACAAGUUGUUCACUCGAAAGAUGAUGGUGAAUAUGUAAAAAUGCUAAGUGAUGUGUUUGAAAGUUUGGCAGGGGCCUUAUUUGUUGACAGUCAUUACGAUUUGGAUACUGUUAAAUUAAUUUAUGAUGAAUUUUUAUGGAAAAAUUUUAUGGAUGAAAUAUUCACAGAAGCUGAAAAUGAAGUAUCCAUGAAUAGUAAUGUUACGGAAAUUGUUGGAAACCCAAACAAUCCAAUCGUUACAUUCAUAUCCACAAAUAUUACUAGAGAUUCCUCAUCUGUAUUGAACGAAUUGUUACAGCAAUUCGUCUUUAAUAGACUUGAUAAAUCUGAAAAAUGGUAUAUGGAAGAAUCUAAAAAACCCAACCCACCUUUCAACAUGGUAGCUGAUUUUUCAAUAACAAUAUUCGAAAAGACUUUCACUGGUAGAGGUCCAAGUAUAAAAUUGGCAAAGAAACAAGCCAGUGCAGAAUGUCUACAAUAUUUAUUGGAAAAGAGUGAGGCGUUUUUGGAAGAUUUGGAAAAAGAAAUAUCCAAAAAGUAA